CAAAUCGGAAAAAGUUUGAUAAGGAGUCAGAAGUUGUUUUUUUUAGUAAACACUGUGAAGAUUUAGUCGUCGCCAACUUUAGAAUACGAGUUCAGAAAGUAGUUUACAAUGCCAGACCAUGGUCGUCCUAAGAGAGGGAAUGUGUCCUGGACUGGACGAGGAUUUAGUCCGAGACCUGCGAGCUGCUGAUAUUAAAACAGUGGAAGACCUGGUUGCAUCUGACACUGAGGCGCUUGCACAGAAAUGCUCUGUGUCCUAUAAGGCUCUAUUUGCCAUCCGCAGAGUGCUGCUGGCCCAACACACAGCGUUCCCCGUGUCAGGCGCUGAUCUGUAUGAAGAACUAUUGAGCUCAACAGCCAUCAUCUCCACUGGAAAUCCCAGUAAAGACAAUUCUGCACACACAGCAAAGCACACUGCUUUGUCUUUCGGGGGACUGGGGGAUUUAAAGGUGUGUUUUGGUGUCGCAGUGCACAUUUCUUACCAACUGAAACAGGGCGUAAUAUACAUCGAUACGACGGGAGGUCUGACUGCCAGCCGCUUGCUUCAAAUGCUACAAACUGAAACAAGUAACAAAGAAGAGCAGAUGGAAGCUCUUCAGAGGAUUCGUAUCUUCCGUUUGUUUGACGUCUUCUCUUUACUGGAAUGUCUGUACAGUCUUCAGGGUAGCGGGCUUCAGCAGGCGUCUGUUGGUGGUGGCUCUGUCAAGGCAGUGAUCGUGGACUCGGUGUCAGCUGUUAUCUCUCCUCUACUGGGAGGCAAAUACAAUGAAGGCAUGUCCUUGAUGAUACAAGUGGCGAGAGUUCUUAAGACGAUGGCAAAAGACUUCAAUGUAGCUACUUUGGUAACAAACCACGUAACGAGAGGCGGCAGCGGUGAAGUGCAGCCGGGCCUCGGUGUGUCCUGGAGUCACAUCCCCAGAACCAGGAUCCUGCUGGAGCGAAUGGAGAAGACCACCAUCAGCCACUCCAGUCUGCGGUCCGCAACACUCAUCAAGUCCUCUAGACAGCCUUGUCACAUCAAAGAGGAGUUUGACUUGCAGUGGUGGAGCCGCUCUAAAGACGGAUCCUCAGGAAAGAGAAAACUGGACGACACUGAUUCAUGAUGAGAGAAAAAAACAACUAUAAUCCUCUGCCGAAAUGUCUAAGCAAAGAUGUUAGCAGGGAGGUACGACGCGCCUCUUGCGGAUACAUUCCCAGAUCCAGCUGGGUGACACUUUCUGGGCCUGGCUGUCCUCAUCGGGUUCAGCCAGCGUGUGUGUGGCAGAGGAGGCGUCAUAAUCUG